GAAAACUUCGCUAAAGAAGAAAACACGGAAGUUAUAGCAGCAGUUUGUUUCCAAACGUUUACCGAGGUGAAAUUGUGAAACAACAAAUUGAAGCACCUCGAAAUGUUGAUUUUCUUUGUCGGUAUGUAACUAUGUUGUUUAUAAGAAAGAAGAAAAUGGAGCAUCCAUCACAAACAGGAACUGUCGGAGAAGGAGGAGUUUUGGUCAAGCACAGUAAUAAUGGCUUCAAACUGUGGCCCGAAGUGUUGCUUUCAGUCGUUGUUUCUGCCGCAGUUGUUGCGGCUGUCGGCCUGUUUUGUGCCUUCCUGCACCCAAUACUGCAAGAGCUGCAAGCAGAAAGAGUGAUGGAAGAAGAUGGGACAGUGGUACGAAUGUUGGUAGGUUUUCGUAGUAUCCUGGUUCUGUCAGUAUUAGCUGGAAUUAUGUGCUGUUUCUUCUCAUGGACCCUGGCAUACCUAAAUGCCUACAAACCAGGCAUGGUGCCACUAACAGGCUCGCUUUUGUACAGAGACACUGUGGAUCAAAGUUUGCACUUUGAUUAUGGUGUCGCUUUCCUUAACGGAGCCAUGGCAACACUGACAGUCAUCUGGAGCCUGACCUGACAAUAUCUGAUGGUGUUUAUGUACUCAUAUAUUGUGAACUAUAGGGGUGUCUGUGAAACUAAAUUUUUAGAAUACAAUUUCUAAUUUAUACCAUAUAUAUAUUGUUCUCCCCCCCAUUUACAGUAUAUGUAAAAUGAUAAAAUACACUGUCCAAAUAUUUUUUUUUUUGCAGCUUGACUCCAUAAUUUAAAAUAAUACAUAUCACCUUUAAACACACAAUCAACAUUGAGAACUAGUUGAAUUAGGUCCUGACGUUGAGCAGCUCAAACAUAACGUUGUUGCUUUUUGACAACAUUUAAUCAAUGUUGUGUUCUGACGUUGAUUUGAAUAUAUAUACCGAUAUAUAUAUAUAUAUAUAUAUUAUAUUUAGGGCUGCAACUAACGAUUAUUUUGAUAAUCGAUUAAUCUGUCUAUUAUUACUUCGAUCAAUCGAUCAAUAUCCGGAUAAAAGAGACAAAUUACAUUUCUAUCCUUUCCAGUAUUUUAUUUAAAAAAAACAGCAUACUGGCAUUAUACUUAUUUUGAUUGUUUCUCAGUUGUUUGUACAUGUUGCAGUUUAUAAAAAAUAUUUUUUUAAAAAUUGCCUCUGCGCAUGCGCAUAGCAUAGAUCCAACAAAUCAAUGACUAAAUUAAUCGCCAACUAUUUUUAUAAUCGAUUUUAAUCGAUUAGUUGUUGCAGCCCUAAUUAUAUUAUAUAUAUAUAUAUAUAUAUAUAUACAUAUAAUAUAUACAUAUUAUAUAUAAUAUAUAUACACUACCGUUCAAAAGUUUGGGGUCACCCAAACAAUUUUGUGGAAUAGCCUUCAUUUCUAAGAACAAGAAUAGACUGUCGAGUUUCAGAUGAAAUUUUUCUUUUUCUGGCCAUUUGGAGCGUUUAAUUGACCCCACAAAUGUGAUGCUCCAGAAACUCAAUCUGCUCAAAGGAAGGUCAGUUUUGUAGCUUCUGUAACGAGUUAAACUGUUUUCAGAUGUGUAAACAUGAUUGCACAAGGGUUUUCUAAUCAUCAAUUAGCCUUCUGAGCCAAUGAGCAAACACAUUGUACCAUUAGAACACUGGAGUGAUAGUUGCUGGAAAUGAGCCUCUAUACACCUAUGUAGAUAUUGCACCAAAAACCAGACAUUUGCAGCUAGAAUAGUCAUUUACCACAUUAGCAAUGUAUAGAGUGUAUUUUUCUUUAAAGUUAAGACUAGUUUAAAGUUAUCUUCAUUGAAAAGUACAGUGCUUUUCCUUAAAAAAUAAGGACAUUUCAAUGUGACCCCAAACUUUUGAACGGUAGAGUAUACACAUAAUAUAUAUAUAUAUUAUAUAUAUAUAUAUAUAGCCCUGCGAUGAGGUGGCGACUUGUCCAGGGUGUACCCCGAAUGCAGCUGAGAUAGGCUCCAGCGACCCCAAAAGGGACAAACGGUAGAAAAUGGAUGG